AGUGAAAAGCCUCCUCCAUGAGGUAGAUUCACGAGUUUCCCCCGGUUUAAGUAAUUGCUUUCUUUUAUUUGAAUUCAACACUUGUUAACUUUGUUUCAAAGCUUGCUUCACCUUGCUUUUCUUUUCAAUCGUCUUGUCAGUUAAGCAUUCCGUUUAUCACUUAGUACUGAUUUGGACCGACUUCAAAAAUGUUAAGAAAAUCGGAAAAAAAUCCGCAAAAAAUCCAGGCACGCCGCAAAAAAUCGACUUUGUGCCGCGGCUGCUAACGUCCACAAGCGAAGCAAAGUAGCGCGAAGCGAAGUCGGUUGCCCGCGUUCUCGAAGCUCGAGAAUGCGCCAACUCGGUCUCCCGGCAGUUUUUGCCGGUGUCCUGAGGCGUUAGGCCCCACCCUGGAGCGUCCGGGCUGCCAGAAAGAUUCCCGCAGCCGGGUUGGGGGCGCCGGGUUGUCAUGUUCCGCCCGGCGGGCGGUGCUCACAAAAUCGAUUUUGUGAGUACCCGCGGACAGAUUCGAUUUUGUGCGCACCCUUCGGGCACGCUUUUCGAAGAUGCCCUAUCCUCGGGCGGGGCCACACAAUCCGCGCGUGGUCGCAAAAUCGAUUUUACCAACACAAAAGCCGGAAAAUCCGGCAAAAGCUGCAAAAUUGAUUGCGUGGGGCGAAGUCGCAGAGGACGGGCCUCUGCCCGCCUUGGAUCGAUGUUUCGCUCGCACGCUACAGGCUUAGGGAUGAUCGCGAAUUCCAGAACUUGCGCCCCGAUGAAGUUCCGCACAUUCAUCGCGUUGGCCCAGCGUAGAAAGCAAUGAAAAACGCCCGAGCUUGUGACUUACAUCCGGGCCCAAGUUCUGAAAAGCCGCGGGAGCGGCAUGGGCCCCGUCUGCGUGUUCUGAGCUCCGUAGAGGCGCCAGGAACAGGCUCUCGGCUGGCGCGGGGGUCGCAAAAUCGAUUUUGUAAACAGACAGCCCUCGGUGGGUGCCGCGGCUCAGUCCUCGACAGCCGCUGGGCGCUUGAUGGGGCGCAGAGUCGGGGAUUUUAGUUAUUUCAGGCUCGCAGAAUCGUCUGCGGGUUCAAUCACCCGAGGCGUGCAAAAUCGAUUUUGUUGGACCGCUCCUUGUGCGAUGUCCGCGUCAGUGGUGGUGCGGGCAAAAGAGGUGGCGCGGGCCUGCUAUGUGGGUAAGGCAGGUGGCUGUCCGGCUGUUUGCCAAAAUCGAUUUUCCAACUUCCUGAAAAUCCAGAGGAGCAAGUUUUCCGGAAGUCCGCGCGUUGCUUGGACUUUCCGGGACUGCCGAAAAAUCGAUUUUCCGGGUUCCGGAAAUUCCGGAAAUUUCGAAAAGUCCGGAGUUUGCGAAAAAUCCGGAAUUUUCCGAAAUCGAAAAUCGAGAUCGGGACAUCAGCAAGUCCUCGAAAUCGAAAAUCGACUCGGAAAAUCGAUUUUCUGCUUCAUUGCUAAGGAGAACGGACCAAACCUGGUCCAUACCAUCGGCGGAGGCAGUUGCUUACUAUCCAGUUGGUAAUCUGCUGCCAAAAAUCCGAACGCUUGCACUUUCAAGAGAUUCGGAGGCGCUUCAAAGUCGAUUUUCUGUGUGCCAAAAGUGCGCCCGAGUGUGCGCCAAAAAUGCGCCAAAAGUGCGCGCGAGUUACUAUUCAAUAGUAACGGAGACGGACCAAACCUGGUCCAUACCAUCGGCGGAGGCAGUUGGUUACUAUUCAAUAGUAAUUAUUAUUUUGCUCGGGACGCAACACAAAACAACGCGGAUUUUUGCGCGCGACACCUCGAGCGCGACUGCCUUCGGAUUUUUUUUGGAUUUUUGGCAGCAGCUUACCAACUGGAUAGUAAGCAACUGCCUCCGCCGAUGGUAUGGACCAGGUUUAGUCCGAUCUCGCUACUAUUGAAUAGUAAUGGAGGCACAAAAUCGAUUUUCUGCUAUUUUCUCGGAAGCUCUAUUUUCCGGAAGUCGGAAAAUCCGGACCGCAGCGAUCUCCCGAGAUCUUUCCGGAAGUCCAGAUCUCUCCGGAAAAUCUAAUGUCCGGCAAGGUGCCGACGUUGUCCAUAGGGUUGAGGGGUUGCAGAAUCGACUUUGUGGCCGGUAGGGCCCGUUGCCCGUACCUCUGAGGGCGCGGGCUGGGACGGGGGUUGGUAAGGCAUUGGCGUGGGAGACUGCAUCCGCGAAGAAAGGGCGGACGCACAAAAUCGAUUUUGUGGGAGAUCCGCUAAAGCGCAUAGCUGGAAGCUCUCCCCCCUAGUCCGUCGGCCCGGCGGAUUGCGUGGCGCACCGCCUCGAUAUUGAGCCACGCGGCCGCUCGAUUCUGUCGGACCUGGGAAGCUGCGAAAUCGAUUUUGUGUGGUCGGGCGAUUGUGUGGCCUUCAACAGCCCUUGCGCGACCCACAACAUCGAACCACCUGUGGUCAGCUCAAAACCGGCCUUGUGGUCGGCGCUGCGUUCUGGGGGAAUGGAAAAUCGAUUUUGUGCAAUCUGCGGGAUUGCGCGUCUGGAGGAGGGGUUUUGUGCAAUCCGCGUCUGCGGCUUCGAUUUUGUGCAAUCUGCGUUGUGUGCCAUGCAAAAUCGAUUUUGUGCAAUGCAAAAUCGAUUUUGCGGGAUUCGGUUUUGUGCAAUGCAGAAUCGGGAUUCGGUUUUGUGCAGAGCAAAAUCGAUUUUGUGCAGUGCAAAAUCGAUUUUGUGCAAUGCAAGAUCGAUUUUGUGCAAUGCAAAAUCGAUUUUGCGGGAUUCGGUUUUGUGCAAUGCAAAAUCGAUUUUGUGCAAUCCGCGUCUGCGGGAAUGCAGAAUCCAUUUUGUGCAAUGCAAAAUCGGGAUUCGGUUUUGUGCAAUGCAAAAUCGUUUCUGUGCAAUGCAAGAUCGAUUUUGCUGCUUUCGGUUUUGUGCAAUGCAAAAUCGAUUUUGUGCACUGCAAAAUCGGGAUUCGGUUUUGUGCAACGCAAAAUCGAUGCUGUGCAAUACAAAAUCGAUUUUGUGCAAUGCAAAAUCGAUUUUGCGGGAUUCGGUUUCGUGCAAUGCAAAAUCGAUUUUGUGCAAUCCGCGUCUGCGGGAAUGCAAAAUCGAUUUUGAGCAAUGCAAAAUUCGGGAAUCGGGAAUCGCCCCCCUUACGUUGGUUGGCUCUGGCCUCUACAGUUUCGCCGCGCCACCGGAUUUUUUUUCGAUUUUCUUGGCCGAUAAAAAGUUGGUCCAAAUCACUACCAAUAUCACGCCAGAGAAAAUAAACAGCUUCUCCCACACACCAGAAAAACCAUGACAAACACGAACGAAACUCCCCCGCCCGGCGAAACCGUCCCGCCAGCGACCACGAAGCCCCGCACGCUGGUCGCGAAGGUGAAAACGGAGAAGCAGAUGCGGGAAGCGCAGGUGCGAGCGAAGUUGCGCGAGCAACAAGAACGGCGAAAAUGCCACCGGCAGCUGAGACGCCUGCUGCAGAAAGCGAGAACGUGGAUGCGUUUUUUUCCGAAGUUUCCUCCGUCGAUUGCGCGCGGUAAAGAGCUGCUGGAAGGGUUUAAAUCUGUUUUUCCGUUUAAGCGCAAAUUGUUCUUGAAGGGAACCGUGGGGCUCUUGGCUGCCGCGCAACUCAUGUCGUUAACGCCGUUGCAGUUGACGCAGGCCCGCGAGCGGAAGUUUCUCGGGUUCAACGGGAUCGGACCGCGACAGCCGGACGCCAUGGACCGGCUGGGGGCUGCGUUGGUGUGGUGGAACGGUGCGGGUGACGAGGAUGAGGAGGACUUCGAGGAGGAGGAGGAGGGGGAGAACACACCUUUCAAGGUCGCAAUUGGAGACGCAUCUUUCGGAAGUAGGGAAGGCCUGGGUCUCGCAACGAAAGAUGUGGCACAAUCCAAGGACGCGAGCGCAAGCAUGACCUUUCUGGAAGCUGAAAAAAGAGGGAGCUCCGCGACAAGCGACCGCUCGCCAAAUCUCGACGGCGCCAUCGUAGCAACAAAGUUGUCGAAAUUGGACGAAGGUGCGGAAGCCAUUACCAAUUCGCUGCUGCGUAACAUUGACUCGAGCAUACCUGGUAGCCUUUCGCGAGGCGAGAAUGUCAUGGCAGACGCUGGGAGCAGGACUUCGUCAUCAGAUCAGAAGUACGCGAACGCGGCCCACGAUUUUUUGGAACGAGCGGCGGCCCGUUCAUCUGCUGAAUAUGUUUCGGAUUAUCGUCGAUCAUUUUCUCGUGACGUGUUUUUUCAUUCUAUAGAGACGUCCAUCGAGAACCUAGCACAGCUGAACCUGGCUGCGGGUGGAGCACCGAAAACGCUUCUGCAGCUCACGUGGUUGUUCUGUCACCAUUUGAAGCAGGAGGGCCAAAUGCCUGCAGAUGAAUGUGACCAGAUUCAAAGAAUGGACGCGGGCGCGGCCUCGAAGAAGCUGCUCGGUUGGCUCGGAAACAAGAUUUCAGCUGAUGCUUCGAAGGGACAAAGCAGCGGCGCCCCGUACCGUGUCGUCGGCAGGUGCGAUGUGCCAGCACCGGAACAUGGGUCUGAAGCAGCUAGCGAAAGCGAAAUAGGCGCGCUCCAAGGGUGUGUCCAGAGUUUUGCCGAAGGUGUACUGAUUCACUUUUUGUCUUCUCACAUUGGGUGCGUCGCAACCCUGCAUCAUGUUGCGGUGAAGGAAGAAAGAGAUGAUCAGGGUGCUGUGACCGGGAUGGAAUUUCGCCUCUUCAUGGACAAGGUGACUGAGGCCGUGGACAAGAAGACGAAGAAAACGAAAUAUACUUUUGCAGGUCAUGCACAGCAGACCAUGACAAAUCUACGAAAUACUUCGCCUCAGAGAGAGCUCGUCCUCGUUUCAAAGCUUUCGUGGUGCGCCCGUUCGCUGAUGGAAGCUGGCGUGGUGUAUAAUAAAUGGGCGCCCGAAAAUAUUGGCUUUCUCGGGUCGGACACGAGCGGGACAGUUGAUUUGACAAGGCCUCGCCUCUUCGAUUUCACGGGAGCUUCGAUCGUGGACUUUUACGACUUCCCACCGAAGUACACAAGUUCGACGAGAGUGCUUAUGGCAGACGGGCAGCUACAACCAAAACAAGUCUUUUUUUUUUCGGUCGUAUUAGGCCAGAGAGUUGCGACGCGUGUACGCACUAAAGCUGCAGCGUAUCCACAUGCGCUGCAGACGCCUCAGACUCUCCCGGCAGAAACGCGUUACACGAGUCCUGCUCUUUUACGGUGCCACGGAAAUGUACCUGGAGCUAGCGGAAACAAAUAUGAAACAGGUUCGCAAGCUUUUCUUUUCAAUGCUUGCAAAAGAAUCAGAAGACCCAUAUAAGGGUGUACAAGCGCUCGCAUUCUGCAGAAAAGUAGGUUUUACACAGAGUGCCAAAUCACUCCGCGAGCUCCUAACCCACUCCGAAAUACACAAUUUAGGUCGUCCAAGCGGCCGAGAGCCUUACCCUGAGCAUGCGGAGACCCUGUACGGCCCAAAGUCGGACUGGUACGGCAUGGUGGCGACGCUGCUGGAACUAUUAUUUGGAAAUAAAGCUGAGAUCAAUGUCAAGCUGCAAAGGUUAUUUGAUUCCGGGAAAUCGAAUGAUAUUUACUCUCUCGAGAUGUGCGGGAAUGUUGGGAAGCCCGAGGAGUGGACAGCAGAAGCAUUGGGAAAAUCGAUUGCCACUGCGUUCGCAGACGCAAACAUGUCGGAGAGGAUUUCGGGAAUAAUGGCCAAGAUACUAGCGUCUGGCUUCGCCCCUCAACUUGUGUCCAUUUCUGAUCUUGACGAGCUUCGCACCUUGGGGGAGAAGGCUGGUGCGAAUCCUGGGAAGGAGCAUCAACCUGCGUCACCUUCCGCAGCAGCUCAAACGGAGUUUCUUAAUCUGAUGGGAGAAGCAAUCACCCGGGUAGCAACAUCCUCUCCGGCCUUUGGCGGAGCACCCGAAACGCUUCUGCAGCUGACGCGGAGCUUUUGCGAGCAUGAAUUAAAGGGCAAGCCUGAGAAUCUGCGAGAGUGCAACAAUAUUGGUGUAGCGAACGUUGCGGAAAAACUGUACGAGUUGCUCAAAACAAAGAUUUGGGACAUCGGUGCUCCGAUAUACCAAAGUACUCCUGCUUUCACACCCCGGACCGCUCGUCUGUGCCGCGCACCAGAGUCCGGCGAGACCGAGAAAGGCCAGCUUGAGUACGUGCGGUGUUUAGCGAGCGCUGCCGAGGUUGCUCUGGUUCACUUUUUGUCCUCGCCGAUCGAUUGCGUUGCAAACUUGCACCAUGUUGGUGUGAGCUAUGAGAACCAUUCGCGAAAGAUACUGAUUCAGGUUUUCGUGGAGAACGAGAAUCUGUUUGAAGCAUCAAGGUAUCCUUCUGCGACCGAGGCAGUCAAGACAGGAAGCAACCUGAUGAAUGCCCUCGCGUUGUGUGCGAAGAGCCUGAUGUCGGCUGGUGUGGUGUUCAAUGAAUGGGCACCGCAUAAUAUCGGCUUUACCUCUGCAACCAAGACGACUGAUGCAGAAACGACACCAGCGGCAGCGGAGGUUAAAGUUGACUGGACGGCGCCACGUCUUUUUGAUUUUUCUCGUGCAUCGAUUGUGGACAAGCACGAUGUCGACGGAUCGGCAGGCUAUCUUCUUGAGAGAACAAGUGGGACAGCGCAGGACCAGAAUCUGAAAUUUCCGUUUUAUUCGGUGAUUUUAGGGCAGAGGGUUGCGACGCGAGUUUCUUCGGACGACCUCGCAGAGCCAUUUGCCUUGCAGACAUAUACGGCAUUUUCGGAGAUUUCACUGUACAUGAGCCCGGCUCUGCUACGGUGCCACGGACAGCAGGGGGCAGGUUCGUAUUAAGUUUCCAUAAUUGAAAUUGUUACCGUUAGAACACUAAUGCCACUAUAUUGGCCGGUGUGGAGCUAAUAGCUAUAGCACUAGUACGAGACUCGAAUAGCUUCGCCCGCUCGGUUUGACAUCGCAAACUUGCGCUAGAAAGAGCAAUUUUCACAGAGUUCACAGUCUGGGGCGGGGAAGCAGCGCACGGGGCAGCGCGACGUAACUUGGCAUAAACUGCAAACGGCAUCUGAUCUGGAAGCGAUUGACACCGCGACCCGAGCGCACGACGCGCGGGGCGGUAAAUCAUGCCUGGCAGGGGACACACCUCGGGCAGAUUCCGCGUGAACAUGCAUGCGCGCCGCCACCUGCUCCCGCUAGGGGGACGGCGCAUACUUGCAUCAGGCCGAGCCCUCUUUUGAAAGAAGAUAGAAGUCGAACGCCUUAGCCCCAUGCCCGAUCGCUCUAGGUACUUAGCAGGCGCUUGGAUCUCCGCCGUAGGCUUGGAGUAUUGACUUGAUUACGUUCUUAAAUUGGCUGCGCUAGUGGCCCGCACUUGAAUCGUCGAGCCGUGGAUCGUUUUAGGCCGUAGAUUGCCGGAGAGCGGAAAACAGCCGCGGUAGGCGCGUAGGCCGCUCAUGAUGAAAGUCUUGUCUUAUAUAUCGCAUGCCCUCGGCCAUGCGCAUCCUAUUUCCAAACAGCGACCACCUAUUUCCGUCUCACCCAUGCAGACUGCACUCAGAGCGUUGGUUGUCAGUGCGCCUCUGUUGUCAUCUUCGUGCAUUAGUUUAGAUCUAUGAUCGCCGCCAGCACUUUUAUUUUUUUCCUCCAGCAAGCUGUCUCUUUUUCCUGCUACGCUUUUAUUUUCUAGUUUCUUGAAGACAUUCAGAUACUUAGCCGCCACGCACACAAUGUCGAAGGAGGAGCAUGGUUCGGGCGAGCGCGGCCGAUUUGCGCCAAUUCGCCGGGAUGUCAUUUACCACCGGCGCACGGGUGCGCAGAAGGAGCACAGGGAGCCGAACGCUAGGGGGGUUGCGGCGGAGUACAUUUGGGCCGGGGAUUCGAAGGCCGCCAGUGGCCACAUUGUGUCGUGGUUUUUCACCUCGCAGAAGCCGAAGCGCCAGAAGGAAAGCGAGCGCCAUCGUGUUCGCCUGGCGACUGGGGACUGGUGGCUGAUUUCGUGGCAUCGGGCGAAAUUUUUUCUGGACGAAGUCGUGGGAAUCUCGGAAGACUAUACGGACGCCAUCGACGCAGCAUUUUCUGCGGUGCGGCCAGAUGUCGCACUGCUUCCGACGUCAGCGCUGCACUGGUCAUAGAUCUUGGCAGAUUUAGGGUCGACGUGUCCGGUUGGUUUUUUUUUUAGAAGUCCUGCCGACAGGUCUCUUUGUGAUAUAGUCAUAAUGUAUACGCGCUCUAUUCAAACUUCCUUUGGGGAUUUUGCUUUCUAUAUAUGAAUGAAAGAAGAUUGUGAGCGGCUUUUUACCGGAGUAGCUGCCGCCGUAUUUCCGAUCGAUCGAAGAUGUUCGCCAUGGUUUGUUAUAGCCUGACGGGCCUCAGCCUGCUCCCGCGUUUGCUUCCUUCCCUGCGCAGUCUUGUUGGUUUGCUUGCAGAUAUCUUGGCAACUUUAAGAUCUAAGCCUAUGACUUUUGAUGUGAAGACUCACAUGCGGGGGGCCCUCGCCCCCCCCCGCGCCCCCCCCGCCCUUUCGAUGUGAUGAUAUUGCGCCUCAAUCUGUAUGAGGUAUGUUCUAUUUUUGAGAUGAAGACUUACAUGCGGGGGGCCCUCGCCCCCCCCCGCGCCCCCCCCGCCCUUGCGAUAUGAUGAUAUUGCGCCCCGAUCUGCAAUGUGAAUAGUUUUUAGAUAUAAGAUUAUAACUUCAAGAUCUAAAUUUCUGACGUUUGAGGUGAAGACUUAAUGCGGGGGGCCCUCGCCCCCCCCCCCCGCGCCCCCCCCGCCCUUUCGAUGUGAUGAUAUUGCGCCUCAAUCUGUACGAAUGAUUUUUAUUCUUGAGAUGAAGACUUACAUGCGGGGGGCCCUCGCCCCCCCCCGCGCCCCCCCCGCCCUUGCGAUGUGAUGAUAUUGCGCCCCGAUCUGUAAUAUGAAUAGUUUUUAGAUAUAAGAUUAGAGCUUCAAGAUCUAAACUUAUGACUUUUGAGAUGAAGACUCACAUCUUGACGAAGGCUCGUCGAUUCAAUUAUGAAGAUUGAGACUAUGACUUUGAGAAGAUUAUGACUUUAUUUUUAAGAUAGGAUAAGAUGUUGAUGAUUCCAAGAUGAGAUAAGAAGUUGCGAUUUUUGAGAUGAUUCGAUUAUGAUUUGAGAUUGAGAAUUGAGAUUCGAAGCUUUUGAAUAUGAGAUUAUGACUUGAAGAUAUCUGAAUUUAAAUAGUGAACUGAACUCAAGUUGUGAACUGAACUCAAAUGGUGAACUGAACUCAAAGGGUGAACCGAACUCAAAAGAUGCACUGAACUCUUGAACUCUUGAGCAUUUUGAAUUAUUCGCAAGUCUUGCAAAGAUCUUGUAGAUAUGACUAUCAAUCCAGCACGUAACUGCCAUGCCGUGGGAAAUACACAAACACUGCUGCCAUCUUCUUCAUACCAUCGGGAUUCCAACGCGUAGCGCCUCUGAGGAGAGUUCUGGAUCAACGUGCUGAUUUGGAUAAGUUCUAGCGGUCGUCGUGAGCUCAGCAUGGUGACUUUGAUCUUCACACCUCCAGAAGUGGAUUUUUCUGUGAAGAAGUUUCAAAGUUUUCGAUUUUUAAAAAUAAUGCCUGUGAUGUUUGAUUUCAGAUUCAGUGAUAGCGCGGCUGCUGUGCGACACAAGGGGGCGCGGUUGCAUUGAAUCGGGUGCAGCCACAUGUCCGAGAAGAGCUUGAAACAUGUCAGAGAAAUUCACCAGCCUCGGGUCUGAGGAUCUAAGAGUUGGUGGGCAUUUCAAAAGUUCUGGUCGGUACUAGAAAUAUUUGGAGCAGGAGCGAGUCUGUUUCGCUCAGCCGACGCGCAGUCGAGUAAAUGCAGGACCGCAGGAGGAAGACAACGAAACCGAUGAAAUGAAUGUCAGGAACACAUCAUACAACAGGUACCGAAAGCAAAAGUGUCAUUUUUGAGCAUCCCGACGCAGAGACCCUGUACAGCUCAAAGUCGGAUUGGUACGGGUUGGUGGUGACGCUGCUGCGACUAUUGCUUGGUGAUAGAGCAAAUGCGAUUUUGCUCGGAGUGAAAGAGCGCUUCGAGGCGCAGAAAAGUGUGAAUUUUUAUUUUCCCGAUGGGUGUAGCGUGUUCGGGUUUGCCCAACUCAAGCAAUACACAAUGGUCGACAUACGAGAAAAUAUUCAAACGGCGCUCACGGAGGCGAAGAUCACAUUACAAGAGAAAGUUUUGGACGUCAUGAUCGAGAUUAUAGCCUCAGGCUUCAGCCCUCAGCUUGUGCCCGAUUCUCAUCUCGAAGUUCUUUACGGCGGAGGUUCAUCCAGUCAAAAGAGACAACAAGCAGCCCCGCCAGCCGCGGCUGUGCAAGCAGAGCUCCGCGUACCGAAAGGGCCGGCUGAGAUUCUGAGUCCGUCUGUACGUGUUGAAGAAGCAAAUGAUCCGAACAAGGGGUUUGGGGAUGCUCUUGUUGUCAUGAACAAGGGUUUACGGACGGUUUCCAAGUCAAACAGCGGAGCAGCGAGCUUGGAAGUUUCUCCAAAUACGUUCCUGGUGCGGGAUGGACAGACUGCAGUCAGUAGAUGGCUGCUAGAGAGGGUUUUUGCAGGAGAAAAUAAGAAUGGCAAAGCUCUCGGACUCCUGUCUACUGAAGAUAGCAAACAAGAAUUCUCUGUAAACCUGCGCGACUUCAGGGAAGCUCCUCUUCGUGGUGUAACGUAUUUCAGGGAAGCGUCUCUCACAUUGACGUCCUUCUCCAAGCCGACAGAGGAGACGGGUAAAAUUGAACGCUGGUACAGUCGUACGGACUUCACACGGCCACUGAAGGGAAUGCAGAACCGCCAAAGAGUUCGAAUCCGGACAUGCAAACACAACACGGAGCACUAUCAAAAGUGUAUGGAGAAUAUAUCCCAGACUGCCUUGCUUCACCUGAGGUUGUCGGAUUUCCCGAACAAGUUUGGAGGCUGUGUUGCGAAGCUGUAUAUGGUGGUGGUAUUUGACAGCCAGGAGUCAACGGAGUUUGCGUUUUUUCUUGAGGAUUUCGUGCCGAUGACACCUGAAAAUUGGCCGAAGAAGCAGGACGAAGUGCAAAGUAUCUUGCAAGGACUAACAGGAUGUGCAGCGAUGCUUCAUAGCUACGGCAUCUCGUACAACGAAGUAUCACGAGCCACCGUUGGUUUUGCAAGGAAGUCUUCCGCUGGAGUCAACGCAGGGCCAGACUGGAAAAGGCCUCUCUUUCACGACUUCGGCAUGGCGUCCCUCGUGGAGGACCAAGGAAGCAAGAUACUGGGUAUAGAAGCAGCACACCUGGUUGCAUCGAAAAGGGAUGAGCAAGACGGACUAAGGGAUGUGGAGGCGUACACGCAUCCUUUUCUUCUGGAUGGUCUACCGGGCGCGGCAGAGGGUCUCGGCGGAGGUACGUUAUAACCACGAUUGUUUUAGAUUUAGUUCGUGUUAGAUGAUUUUUGUCGCAUAACCAUUAUCUUUUACAUGUACUCAUGUAUCUAGAACUUCAUUUUCCACUCCUUGCACAUGCUUUUUCCUUCUGCUUUCCUCUUUCCAAUCGACCGCUGGCCGCCGUCCAUUGGGAGAAAAUUGGAUUUUUCACUUUUUCCAGUGCGUACCUGUACCGCCUUCCGUGGCGCAGAGGAGAGUGCUGUUCAUUGCGCUUUUCCACAUGCCGCCUGUUACAAAUGAUUAUGCUCAUCGGCAUUCUGGUCCUUCAAUAAUUACAAAGUCGCAUAAGGGCCCGGGCGAGUGCGCGUGCGCAUCGGGAUUUGCAUUUCUACAAGUGGAUCCGGAUUCCGCUCAAUCUCUUGAACACUAGGGGCAGAUGAGGUGCUAUACUAACUGCUCGAGUUGAACAAAGCAAAGAAAUGAUAUCUCAGUCUGAGCUAAAAUGAACGGGCAGUAUUUGGCUGCUUGCGUGGCGACCGGCAACUUACACACUCAGUGCACGCAAUUUACUGCUACGCUUCUUGUCACACAGCUUGCACCUGCGGGGCUUGCCUGACGGCAUUCCUCCGCGGUGUCGAAGAAGCCUGCAUGACCAGCACGCUGUAUAUUCGCAUUGUCGCAGCGCUAUUACCAUUAACUUCGAAGAGUGACGCACGUCGACAGCAGUUUCUGGCUUGUUUUGUUGUGGCCUUUAAUUUUAUUCAGGAGGCAGUAGUUCUACUUCUACUGCAAUUUGAUUUCCACAAGGUGGGCUGGUGCUAUUUCCACAACGAGUAACUCGAGAAUUGACUUUCUGAUACUGACAGUUUCGUCUGCUUAUGGGGCUUGAUUGAAAAUUUGUCUUCAGGGCUGCCGGCUUCCUGUUUGCAGGCCUUGGACGUGCACGGAAUAGUGCGUGUGUUUGUGGUCGCCGCUAGAGUCCCACAAAUCUUGGGCAUUAUGGAUUCGCCUUUUACGGAGUGGAGCCGGGCGCGGCAAACUGCAAAAGCACCUGAGGCGGAACCGCAGCAACAGCAACUUCAAAUAAAGACCACUCUUGCGCAUGCUCUGCAGGUCCAAGAAGAAUCGUCAGAAUUCUUAAGCAUCAUCCAGAAGAUAAUUGAGCCUAGUCAGUCUGGGAUUGGUCCGCAAUCCUGCGAUGUCCUCGAGGCGCAUAUGAGUGAUCUUGUGCAAAGUAUCGCGGACGACAACUCGCAGCCAGGUGCGGAUGAAAAGGCUGCCAUAAUAAACCAGGUGGAUCUAGAAAUGAAAGGAAAAGCAGAAGAAUACGCAGACCGGAUCGAAGCCAUCCGUCUAUUAAAGCCAGAGGAUACCGAACUUGUAAAACACUUAGAGGCGUUAUCUGGCAAGAUCUUUCCUGAUAGGGAUUAUCCGCGUGACCGAUGCUCCGCAGACUUGAAGAGUGCCGGGAUCAAAAUCACGAAAAAUAACCGUCAGAAACGAUUUGAAGCGGCGUAUCGGGCACUACGUGUGUUUGGUAUUGAUCCGAAACAGGGAUGCGCCGAGACGAGCGGUGACUUUCAGCUACGUCCACCAGAGCAUAACAAGCUAGGGCACCUCUACAGACGGCGGGCUGUGAAGGUACAUCCCGAUAGUGGGCUUCGUGAGUUCACAGCUUUCUGCAAUAAAAAAUAUGGGAACAACGACAGCAAGCCUCUCCUUGACGCGGCAGGACAAAUUUUUAUUGAGAUGGUGAAAGAGCUGGGGGAGAAGAGCGAGCUCCUCAAUGCUGACUCGUCGAGCGGCGGGGGGGGGCUACCAGCCGAGAUUGGGGCACCUUAUUUACCUAUCGGAAACUAG